AUGGUACAGCUCUUCAGAGGCAGGGAGAUGGAAUAAUAAGACUGUGGAUUUGAACUAAUGCCAUUGCACUGACUCAUUCAGGGAGAGUAAAGGAGCUCCGAGAACAAGGAUACUAGAAAAAGAGAGAGAGAGAGGAGAGGGAGGGGGAAAGGAGGGGGGAAAAGAAAGAUCGCUUUUAUGGCCGAGAAGGGCAGCAUCAAGGGUUAAGGGAUCAAUAAUUCGGGGGAGUAUUUUUAAGCAGCAACAACUAACGAUCAGGAGCCUCCGAUCCCGGGCUGAGUCAUCCAUCCAGUCCAGUUGGAGCAGGAAGCUGGCACUUUUCUGUAGGGCUUAAUUAUACAGGAGGUUUAGAUGCUCCUGAUUUAAAAACUACAGGGCGACCGCGGCUUUGAAAGCAGUAGGGAGAUCUCCACAGGAAGUUGGAAGGAAGGCAAACGAGAUACAUCAAGCUUUCUCUUCUGUAGAAAUAAAAGUCGCAUUUGGAAAACUAUUUUUUUAAUAAGUAUAUUGUUUUGAUUCUCGCGUGAGAGGCAAUGAUUUGCCUCUAGAGCGCGUGCAUUUUUUUCCCCUUCUGCACUGUAUGCGGAGGUUUUUUUGGAUUUAUUUUUUAAUUCCUACAGUUGCUGUCGCAAGAAACAAAAAACCAGGAAAGGACUUAUUUUUCAUUGCUUAAAAUAGAGAAAAGGGAGGGGGGAGCAACACCCUGCCAGAUCCACUUGAGUGCAUUUGGAAAAUCCUAAGGCAGUAAAUAAAAAGAUCGGAAGCGAACAAGACAGGGAGGGACUGAGGAACAAAACAAACAAACAGCGUGCACGGGUUUUUUUGUUUUUUUUAAGAUUUCAAAGUUUAUUUCUCACCUCGGACAAUGUACCAGGAUUUCCCAGGGAACUUUGAUACCUCCUCCCGGGGCAGCAGCGGUUCUCCAGGCCACCCGGAAACUUACAACAGCAUCACAGCUCAACAGGUAGGGGCGAGGGGGGAGUGGUCCCUCUCUAUGCUUUUCCCUCUUAAAUCUCGAAAUGCCUCUGAGGGCAUUUUACCUGGAAGAGGAGUUCAGGUGAUCUCAGCAGGUUUCCUUUCGCUCUGCGUAUACUGAGAUCGUAGGUGAUUUCGCGCAAUCCAGGUCCCUGAUACUGGUUGUUCUCCCCCCGUGUCCUUUUCCCCCUUUCCGGCGAGCGAGCGAGCGCCUCCGCCGCCGCCACCUCCCCGGCUCCUGGCUCCUUAACCAAACAGCAAAGUUCACUAACCACACCCCAGUCCACCUCCUGCGAGCGCGCUCCGACCUCUCCCUCAGUCGCAGAUCAGGGCGAAGGAGGCGGCGGCGCGUUGCCUUUGGCCUCCAGUCCAACAGCCGCCGAGACACCUUAAAAGGAGGCGGAAGCGGCUGCUUGGCGGCGGCGCUGCUGCUGCUGUUGCGAGAGUUUGGGCGGGCGAGCGCAAAGCCGCGCCGGAGCUGGAAGUUUCGAGCUCGCCAGGGCGCCGGAGCCGAGAGGCAGGCAGCCUGGGCUGCGACGCGGAGCCGCCGAGGCGGCGAUCGGGGCUACAAGUAAGCGCGGGGGUUUCUCUCGGGGGAAGAGAUCGGAGCAGCUUCUGCAAGCCGGGGAUGCCUUUGCUGGAACUGUGCGCUUGGAAGGAAGAAAGACCCCGGCGCGCUCGCAACCAUUGCGGGACUGAAUUGGGGACCGGUCCAUACGUGCGGGGGAAACGGGGAUGGGAGUGGGAGGACGGAACCCACGGCCGCUCUUAAGAUCCCGGUGAGGGUCUUCUCUCUACCCUCUGGGUGUGCCUCUCCUUGGCCCAAAGGGGAGAUGGCCUUUUGCCUAGUGGCAGUUCGGGGUAUCUGCCCGGGGUGUGUUUCCGAGCACGUCGGGAAGAGAGGUGAAGGGGGGCGCAGGGCAAGGGUGUAAGGAGUCGGAGUGCCCCAGACGCGCGCCUCUUCGCCAGCAGUGCUCUACGUGCGCACUGGCAGGAGAGCAGCGGGGUGGGGUGGCCACAAUGUUUGUCUCAGUAGGAAAUUUGGGGGGGGGGGAUACACGCGCACAAAGGGGGAACCGUGAGUAGUUGCCGGAAGUGUGGGCCCGACGUAUGCAGGCUGCAAUCCUAGACCUCUUUACCUGGGAGGACACGCCGUUGAAGUCAAUGGGGCUGACUUGGGCUUCGCUGUGCGUUGUUAAUGUGGACUGAAACUCCUGGUGGAGCGUAAACAGUCUAAAAAGGGACGUGUCGGUCUCAACAUCGGUUGUGGCAGGCGUGGAAGAAAAUCACAUUGUCUGGGCAUGCUGGGGAAAUGUCAGACACCCACCAACCCAAAAAUAAAAAAGUUAUGCUGCAAUCCUCAAAACAACCUUCCUUUUUACAUUGCUGGAAAGCUUGAAGAAGUGAUCAGCUUGUGAAGUGCAGUUUCGCCCUAGUUCAAAUUGACUUUGUUUGGUUUUACUUCUGCCCCAAGACCUCAAGGAAAUGUAGCCGCACAAUUUGUAACGACCAAGCCUUGUUGGGGAUAUUUAUCUGUAGCCUACCCAUUGGUUGAUGUGAUUCAGAUCCAGUAGGCUUGGGAAAAUAGAAAAGCUUUUGGCUAUAGGGGGGUCCUGAUCACUUCUUGAAUAUCACCUGAAAACAUGGAGUGCCUUGCCCAUGACAGCUGAAUGAACUAAAUAGUUUGUAAUGGAUUUUUGAGGGGGUUUCAGAAGUGAGAACCCCAGUAGAGAAGGGAUACGCCUUAGUAAUAGCUCUUUCUUUGGCUUUGGUUAUACAAGCAGGAUGCUGGGAUUAUGUAAAGUGAGAGAAAGAGUGGCACAUCUGAUAACUUUUUGGGUAGAUUUGCUUUUAACCUGUUGCUCUUUCACUUCCUCCAGUUCCUUAUCUCCUUAUUCGCAACACAUACAGAUGUGUAGAGAUGGCAAAUGGAACAUGAAAGGAAUCUCUCCAAUGAUCCUUGGUCACAGACCCGGAUUUACAUAUUUAUAUGCAUUCGUGAGAGACAAAUGUAUUGGCAAGCCAGCUGUUUGGACCCCACACCCUGAAAUGGAGUUUUAAUCAUAUUUUGCAGGCUUGGUGGCAGAUCAAGGGCAUUAAAUUAAGAGACAUCUUCCAAAGAUUGGGCUGCUUGAGAAAUGCAAAGAAACAGGUCUAGCCACCAAGCCGGAUUUAAAUCCACUUUGAUUCAGUCAAGUGGGUUUGUGAAUUAAGCUACAGUGAUUUUGAAAGACCCUCUGAAGAAAACAAAACAAAUCUGUGUAUUUUUCAUUUUAGAUCCCUUUCCUGGGAAAGGGUCUAGAAAGAUGUGGAAAAUUGGUUUCUUUCCAAGUGCUGAAGUUGGGAUAGGCUAUAUGAAUUAGAUAUAUUUGUCUAAAUGUGCUUUUAUUUACUCGUUCUGUUUGCAAAAUGAGGGGCAGUUUUUAAUUGUUUAAGCUGAUUUCCCAGAAGACAUUGAAAAAUGUGUGGGGCAGCAACCACAAUCUUUGAGAAAGGUUCUGUAGGUCCAUACCAAAGGGAACAUUGUAUUAUCCCCCACUCCCCCAUGGCUCCUCAGUUCCUUCAGAAAGAUUUGACCCUUCUCUCCCUUUCACAAAUAAGUAUUCAGUUUUCUGAGAUGAGUAAAUGAAACACUAAGCAUGUUUUUCCACAUUGACUAAAAGCAUACAAUUCCACUUUAUUCUCAUUGUGAUUUCUUUCUCUCUUUUAAUAGUAGCAACUUUUUAAAAAGCAAUAUCUCUGGAGGCAAAUAUGUUUUUCCUGGGCUCUGCCAGUGUCCUAAGCUGUCAAGGCUGCUGAAAUACUUUUUUCCUUCUGUUUUUCGAGGUCCUCUUCCUUCUUUCUCUCUCUCUCUCCACCCUCCCAAUAAUCUUCAGGCUUAAAUAUGUCAGCAUGUUAAAACAAACAAACAAAUCAUUUCAGGAUUAUGAAGAGGCAUCAAGAUUCUAGAGUAGAAAAUACAUAAACAACAGUUCUUACUACGCUAGUGUAGUCUCCACAGAAAUCAGUAGACCUUCCAAGAAACAAGUUAAAGACAAGGAUGCAGUAACUUGAUGGAUAACUUGAGUCCAGUAGAGUUUUCAUUCAAAUAAUACUUUACACACAAAUUGGGUGGAUUUCUGGAUUGCAACUGUGAUAACAUAGCUGCAUAGAUUUCUGGAAAUCAGGUUGUAUAAGACUGCUGUAUUAGCAAAGGCCAAUUAGUUGUUUCAUUGUAAGUACAGCUGUAUGUUUUCUACAGUCUCAACUAUAAAAGUGGCCUUCAUGACCGUGGUAAGUUUGCCAGUUUGCUGAAAUAGCUACACUUCCAUUGGAUUUGAAACUACCAUAUUAGAAACAUACUCUAAAUGGUGAAACUGCUAUACAUGGGUUAGAAGAUUGUCCUUGACUGAGCACAACUUAACUAUUGGUUAGUUUUGAGAACACCACAAUUAAAAGUAUUGUGUUUGCAGUGAAUAAUAAAAUUUUAUGCCAUGUAGAUCGUGCUGUGUUGUCCAGAAAUUGUGACUGCCAUUAGUUUACAGCUGCCAUGUAAAACCAGUGGAAACUGUCAGGUAAUUCUACUUUAUAGAGACAUAAUCAUUUACUGUUUGGAAGUAAAACAACAACAACAACAACAACAACCCCACCCUUCUUUUCUCUCUCCAGCUUUUGUUCUAGCUUGAAUUUCCUUUUCCUUGUCUCAAAUUAAAUGCCAUUUCAUGAGCUGUGCCAAACUACAAUUAAUUCAGUGCUAUGCUGCUGUCGAAGUGCUGGAACCAUCUCCUAAUACAUUCACAGUAGCCUUCUAAUGUAGCCAUUUCCAUUCAAUGUUUUUAAUAGCGUCUGUUCGGGAAGGAGAUGGAAUGCAUUUUCGUGUUGGCGCCAUCUUCAAGCAAGCUAGGGAGUGAUAUUGUUGCUUUCCUUUGGUAUUCAGACAUUCCUUUGCUGCCUGAAUGGACCUCGCUGGUAUUUAUUGUGGAAUGGUUUUUGACCUUCAGAAUGCAAGUUCUUACAGGGUCCAUGCAAUUUGGCUACAUUUUUGGGAUAGCUCUUUUGGUACAGCGUCUAGCCUGAAAUGAUGCUGGAACUUGAAGAAUGAGAAAUAUUUCCUGUUGAAACUGAAAUCUGUAAAAUCAAGGGUCGUUGCACUCUCUCUAUUUCCCUGUGGGUGCCCCUCCCUAUUUUCUCUCGAUCGGUAUUUUCUUAGGUCUUUUCGAAGAUGUCUUAUGUGCCAUCCUAGGCUAAACCUACAGCUUCUCUGAGAGGCGUUGCACAAUCUCAUCAGUUACACAAACAUACGAUAUUUCGUAACAUGUUUACAUUGGCUGGCCUUGCCUCUCUUCCCCCCAGAAUGCCUUUCUUACCACUUCUGUAAUGUGUGUGAAACCUACUGGCAAAGUGAGGCGUAAGGUUUUUUUCACAUCAGCUAGUUGUGGACCUUCUUUGUUUUUGGUUAUGUGUGCUGUAAACUGUCCUAUAUAAAACUUUGCAAGUGGUGCCAGUCGGUGACAUUCCGCACACAUCAAAGACCUUAUUUAUUUAUUUAUUUAUUUACGAGAAAUGACUCUCUCAGUGUCCAGGUCGAAGCCAAAGACGCCUCUUGGGUGCCCUCUGUAGGCUGUUCCACGUAGACAGGUUUCCAGAGAUGAUACACAAUGGAAAGAAAUCAUUUGCUCACUUACAGUAAAUGUGGGGAAUCUUGUUUGGGAAAAUGGAUAGAGUGAGUUUUCUUUUUAAGGCUUGUCUGUACUUUGUGGCCCAAAUGAUCACUUUAACAAGACUGCCGAUGAAUGUGUGUUCAUAUUCUCAGUCCGCCACUUCCCAAGCUCAAUAUUCCAAGCUCUCCUUCAGUGUUUAGCUCUCUCUGUAAAGCUGCAUGUUGUUGUAAAUUAUGCUCUUCAGAAUUCACUGCAUCUCUUGCCUCGCUUCUAAGAUGAAGAUGACACCGGUCAAUUGCUUGAUCAGUUCAACUGGCUGUGUGCUUAUGGUUUGUAUGUGCACUUAGAACACAUUUCACUCUUUGUCCUGGUAUCCUUUCGUGGUUGUCAAGCCUAAAAUAUUUGAUCAGGCCAUUCAUCAGCUUCUUUUGGUUUUUAUUCAUGUGCUCCAUUGUGUUUCCCCACCCAUAUUCUGUUAGCUGUGGCUAUAGGUGGUGCAGGAAAGAGCUGUUUCUCUUCAGUUCCCUUUAUGUGUCCGUCCUCACAACCACACACACUGCCUACUUUCCUUCAGCUGCAGGGCCAACAACCUUACGUGCUGCUUAAUUUUAGCUUUAAAUUUAAUCAUCAUCAUCAUCAACAACAUAUGAGGGGUCUUUGAAUUCAAGCUUGCCUGGAAGUUACACCCUCCAUGUCUGCUAUUGUUUGAGAGAACUCCUUCGUGAAGGAAGGUUGCUUGGCAUCUGCUCCCAAGACAUUCCUGCUUCCCUUGCUUUGCCCUGUUCCAGAUUGAACUCUCCAUAACACUCAAGAAAGAAAGAAAGAAAGACAAAUAAUAAUGUCAGAAUAGAUUUCUGCAUGGUUUCUGCCAGUGAUACACUGUUCAGCAUCUGGAAGAUUUCUACACCUUCCCUGCAAUUAAGAGCAAGUGGAAAUGUCAUUUUCCAACCCAAUAAUAAUGAAUAAUAAGAAGUAUUUAUUUAUACCUCACUUUUCCCCUGACGGGAACUAUCCUCUUCUUCCAUUACAAAAUAAACAUGUGAAUUAAUCAGGGUGAGGGGUGGGAUGUUAUACUGGGAUUGAUGAAAUUACUUAUCUUGUCUUGCAAGAUUAAGGCAAGGGGAAUCGGAAGGGGUUGGGCUAUGUUACGUUUUGUUGCUGGGGGUAGCUCAGUUGGUUAGAAUGUGGUGCUGAUAGUGCCAAGGCUGCAGGUUCGAUUCCCGUAUGAGACAGCUGCAUAUUCCAGCAUUGCGGGGAGCUGAUCCUCAGGGUCCCUUCCAACCCUCUGAUUCCAACUUUUCCUAGCCACUCUGACAGUUCCUUGUAGAGCAAAAGCGAAGAACCUGUUGCUCUUCAGAUGUUGAUUGACUAAAACUCCCACCAUUCCUUACAAUUGGCCAUGUCGCCUGGGGCUGGUGGGAAUUGGAGCCCAAGAACCAUGUGGAGGGCCACAGGCUGUAGAUUUGAUACCAUUAUAAUAUUUCACUACAAAUUAGUUAUUUCUGUUUCGAUUUGGAAAACGCUGGGUAACAUGAGAUCUAUUAUGUGGGUUCGUUCUAUUUCUGUUGGUGACAGAAUGAUCUUUUUAGUAAAUAAAGCUUUCUAAAAGAGAGGUGGUUGUGAUGCAAUGAGGAGAAUGAUUUGAUUUUGAAGGCUCUGAUUCAUCCUGUGGUUAAUAGGCUGGCCUUCAGAUAACUAACCUCACAGUGUUGUCGUGAUGGUAAAUAAGAGCACGAUGAAGCAUUCUGUGUGCCGAAAAUGCUGCGGCAAUUAAUAACAAAAUUUGUGAAACGAGGAACCAUAAGAGUUUAUCACUCCACGGAGAUAGCCCUUAUUUCCACAUAUUGCAUUCUUGUAGACAUUAUUUGCCUUGGGUGCUAUGGCUCCUUGGUGACCUUCAUUUUUGCAGUCUUGGAUCAGACCACUUUAGAUUGUUUGUAUUCCUCUGAGUGAAAAAUAUUUUAGAGAUUGGCUGCUCGAGGUUUGAUCAAGUUUAAUGCAUAAGGUGUUACUUUAACGUGUUAUCCAUGCAUCGAGGCAGCUUUACAUAUGGCAUUUUCCCUACAGAGGUACAGGAGAAAACAGGAACAUACAAGAAUACUGUCAUAAAGAUUGCAUACAUUUUUUUAAAUCACUGUGAUUGUAUGUGAAGGAUUUAUGUGCCAUAAAACAGAUAAAUGCACAGGUGUAAGUUCUCUUCCUCCUACAGCUUUGUAGGUAAAAUGUCAUUUACUUUAAAGGUAAAUGUAGAUGAAGCAGACUGUCGUACAAUAAGCAGGCUUGAAAAAGGUCCCUCCAUGGAGGAGUGGGUAGAAGGUAGCUCAGGAUCUACUUCUAGAUCUCUUGAGUGAUUUGCAGAAGAUCCGCAUGGGGUUGUGACACUUAAUUGUUUAACCUGUAGCAGCAACAAAUAUGCUAUCUCUCACUAAAUAGGCUGUUGAAAUGAAGACAAGACGUGAUUUUGUAACUCAACUGUUCUGGUACUGAAAACACAUACCUAGGCUCAGAAUGUGCUCAGAGGCACCCUCUUCUUCAAUAAUAAUGAAACAUCUUUUUGUGCUUCGCUCCGGUUAAUAGAUCUUGGCGUUCUAGUAAGAAACAAAGCUGGUCCAACAAGCCUAAGUCUGCCAUUCCCUUCCAUAAGGCAGUCAUGGUUGGGGAAGUCUACUCUUACUAGUAGAGCUAUGGUUGUAAGCGGCUGGUAUAUGCAUAGUAGACCUGUAAGCAAUCACUGCCAGUUGUACCACUGCCUUUCUGUUGAGCUGGCCUUCAAUCCAGUGGCGCAUGGUACCCAUUGGGACUGGUGGGUUAGAAAGCGGGGAGGCCAACGGUGAGUGGAGUCAGAGCCCAUAACUGACAGAGCCAACUCCAUUUUAGUAUUGUCAUCCUUCUCCACCCUGUUGGGUUCUACAAAGACGACAAUGAGACUGAGGAGGAUGCCCAGAAAGCUGGCAGCCAGGGCCCACGCCCUGGAGUGGUUGUAAGUAAGAAAUCAGACAGGUAGGGUUUGGUUUGAGGGCAGAUUGAGGUUGGUGGGGCAAUGCCCCAUUUCCCGUAGUAAACCAGCCUCCGCUACUUCCAGCUUCUAGUUGUUUGGGAGAGGUUUGUUUCUGGCUCCUGAUCUAGGUGACUUGGAGGUCAUUGUAAUUUAUUAUGACCUGUCAAAUAUGGACUCCUCCUCUAAUUAGUCACUUAGAUAAUAGGAAGGAUAUUGCCAGAGAGGGAACAUUGCUCCAGUGUGGGUCGUUUAACCCGUUAUUCAUCUUAAAGCAUGCAUGCGAGGGGUAGCUACACAGCUUGGAAGGAGAUGCCAACUAAACAUAUGGAAAAACUUUCUGGCAGGAAGAACUGUGUGAGAGUGGAAUGGUGUCCCUCAGGAGGUGGUGGACUCUCCUUCCUUGAGGGUUUUUAAGCAGAGGAUGAAUGGCCAUCUGUCAUGGAUGCUUUAGCCGAGAUUCCUGCAUUGCAGGGGGUUGGACUAGAUGGCCCUUGGGUCCCUUCCAACUCUACGAUUCUUCACCUCAGUCACAAUGGUGAGAAACUUGCAUCCUCCCCAAAAUCUGGCAGGAUAAGUCUCUUUGGCAAAGACAUCAUAGUAUGGCACUGAACAGUCUGUCGGCAUUUACCUGUUAAAGAGGUUCAGCUGGAAGAUAACAAGCAAUUUGUAAAAUUUCAUUAACAGGUUUCCCUCCCAAUUUAUUUUCAGGAAGGAUGAGUCUGACACAAAAGCUGAGAACAAAGUGCUAGUUUUCUCACGGACACUGCCUUGCUGUGGCCAAUAAAUUUGAGUUCACUGGGCUUCCCAUCAACUACAUAUGUUCCACAUAUCAAUAAUUUCUAUUGUUGUUGUCUUCAACAUAGCAUGCAUAUACUGUUGGAAGUGCAGAAACUUGAGUCCAAAAAACAUUCAUUUUACUUCAGUGUGCUCGCCAUCAUUUUCUCAAAGAGGGUCAGUCUUUGAAUAUAUAUUAGUUGCAAUAAUCAGAAACACAACUUCCAUGUUCAAUGGCUAUGUGCUUUUGCUGGAUGUGGUGGGGAACAAAACAGCAUGAGGAUUGUUCCCUCUUGUGCCUUGCUUGUGAACUAUUUUCCCAGGGAUAUCUUGCUGCCUUUAAUGGGCAGGUGAGAGUUGUGGUCCUGAUGGACCUUGGGUCUGAUCCUGCAAGGCAAGUCUUCGUAAUUACAGUGGUGCCUCGCAAGACGAAAAGAAUCCGUUCCACGAGUCUCUUCGUCUUGCGGGUUUUUUCGUCUUGCGAAGCAAGCCCAUUAGAGGUUUAGUGGCUUAGCGCUACAGUAUUAGCGGCUUAGCUGGCUUAAAGAUCAGCUGAUAAGCGGCUUAGCAUCAGCUGUUAAGCGGCUUAAAGAUCAGCUGAUAAGCGGCUUAGCCAUCAGCUGAUAAGCGGUUUAGCGGCUUGGGAAAAAGGGGGGGGGGAAGGAAAAAAAACCCGCAGGAACUCGCAAGACAUUUUCGUCUUGUGAAGCAAGCACAUAGGAAAUUCGUUUUGCGAAGCACCUCCAAAACGGAAAACGCUUUCGUCUAGCGGGUUUUCCGUCUUGCGAGGCAUUCGUCUUGCGGGGCACCACUGUAGUUUUUGUGGUGGUGGUGGCUCUCCUUGAGUGUGGAUGAUUUUCAAGGACUUCAAAUGGUUCUUAGUUAAUGGAUCUAAAAUCCCAAGUGGUGGGGACAUGAUAGGCCUGUAAAACUAAUCCAGCAUUUUUUAUGUUUCUUGAAUGGCUCCCUUGUUAGACAAAAACAUUCCUUCUCUUAGAUUUUCCCCUCCAGGGCCUGCCCAUUGUUUUGUUUUGUUGCUUCCAUUCCUCCAGAGUUUUGGUGCCAGUAAACUAUCCAGAUGGAUUUACCUCAGUCUGGAAACAAGGUGUACAAGGCUUCUUUUUUAUAUAUUUUAUUUUGCAGGAGAUCAUUACCUAGUGCCUUUUUAAAAGCUUCUGUUUUGUUUUGUCUAGACAGAGCAAAGAGCUGCAGGGAAUUUUUCUGAUCUGAAUCCCAAAACACAUUUUAUAAGGUAUUAUUAAAAUAUAGGCACGUAAAUCUGCUGCAGCUGGAGGCAUCUUUAUAUUCUACCCUUUUUUUUAUUAUUUUAAAAAGAAACACUCCUUCCAUGUGAUCCCAGAAUGGGUGUGUUGUACCAGCAGAAGGCACAGCUGUUUCUCAGCUCAAAACCCAUGGUCAUGUUGGUGAAACAAGCACCAGAAAACAGUCUCCACCUUUGUAUUUUAAAAGAGAUUUAUUUAUUUGCCACGCCUCACCAGCAGGUUCAUAAGGCAGCUUGCAACAUAGAAGAGAAAAAAACCCCAACAAUUAACCAUUCAGACCACAACAAAUAAAUAAUAGGUAGCAGCAAUCAGAUAAAAAUCUGAUAAACAGCAAAGUAAUGUCAUACUGAAAGCGGUGUGUGUCUCUUAAGUUCUUUGUGAAAGGUAUUUAAAGUGGUAGGCUGAUUGCAGUAUAUGCUGUUACUGCUGACUUUGCUAGGCAUACGAGGGAAUUUGUGUAUCUACACUUCGCAUGCAAAAAAAGGGACUAUUUCAUGGUUGGCUGUCUCUUUGCCUUCCAAGCAGCUGUGGCCAUAGGUUUGUUGUGAUGGGUCAGGGCGGGAUAGUCCUUAUCUCAGGCCACUGUCUCUUCCGAGGCUGGUGUAGUUCUGCAGCACCCUGAGCCAACUCCUCAUUUUGUCUUGCUGCAUUGCAUCCUGGGAAUGGAAGAAAAUGGAUUGGGCUGUAGCCAGGCUGCCUGCUGAGAAUUUGUGAGGGAGUGAAUGGAAGAUGCCCAAACAAGAAUCUUGCCCAUUUGUCUUGCCCAACCUGUGUGGGUUUAUUUCCUGAUUAUUUCCCCCUCCUUUACUUUCUUCACAUUUUAUUGAAUGUGGUGGUAGGCUGCGGUGGAACGCAACUGUGUAGGGUGGGGAUUAAGAUUUUUGAAUAUUCCUCCAUGUUAAAAGCCAGAAACAAAUUAGUAUUAUUUAUUCAAUUUAUGAGUUGCUGGUCCUGAAAGAAAAGCUCCAAGUGACGUUAGAAAUGUUGGAAAGGGCUACACUGGUGAGAAAAGAAAUGCUUAAUCUGGGUAUAAGUCCCACUGAACUCUGUGUGACGCUUCCAAGUACACAUGUACAUGAUUACACUGUUAGUGGAUUAGUUUGGUAAAUGACUCAAAAUGGAUAUGUAUGCUAUGUCCCAAGACACUUUGACUGCCUGAUGCUCAGUGCCAUCUCAUUUUCAGGUUGAAAUGUAUUUCCUACAAAUUGUCAGGUGGUUGAUGUAAUUUUUAAAACUCAUAAUCCCUAGUGGAAUGAAGGAACCAAACAAACGCAUGUCUUGUAUCUCAGCUCUUGGAAUAACCUUUCAAUUUUUCAACUUGGGGUCAAAAGUGUGGAUAACUUUCUGUGUCUAGUCUUCUGUGCUGUGCAAAUUGCCCUGCAAGUGAUGACCUAGCUUGUUGGCCCUGCAUGCAGAAGGUUCUAGAUUCAAUCCUUUGCAUCUCCAGGGUAGAACUGGGGGUGUCCUCUGCCUGAAACCCUGGGGGAUCAGAGUGGACAAUGUGGAACUAGAUCAGGGGUCCUCAAACUUUUUCAGCAGGGGGCCAGUCCACUGUCCCCCAGACCUUGUGGGGGCUGGACUAUAUUUUUGUUUUGGGGGGAAAUGAAUGAGGGACGAUGAGUGGCGCGUGAAAGGGCUCUGGAGAGGGGCUGGCACCAACAAAGCCUAGCCCCUUUCCUCCUCUAGGCAGGGCGAGGAGAAGCCAGGAGGAGAGAGGGAGGAGGCGCCGCCGUCGUGGGAAGGAGAGGAAAAGAACACAUGGCAACCCAUGCGGCGAUUCCCGGACCGUCCCCUGGCCAGAUUUAGAGGGCAAUUGGGCCUGAUCCGGCCCGCAGGCCUUAGUUUGCCAACCCAUGAACUAGAUGGACCAAUGCUCUGACUUUUGAAAUAUAGCAGCUUUCUAUGUAGAGUGAAAUAGCGUUGUUUUGCCACAACUCUGGACUGUUCAGUUGGGGUGGAAUGUAAGUAAAUGUAAGGAGUUUGGGAAUGUAAGUAAAUGUAAGGAGUUUGGGACAAGGGUGGGGAACCCGUGACCCUCCAAAUGUUUUUGCACUUGCAACUUCUCUCAACUUAGACAGUGGUCAUGCUGAGUGGAGCUGAUGGAGGUUGGGAUACAGCAACGUCUGGAGGGCUAUAGGUUCUCCACUCCUUCUCUAGAGUUUUAGGGCAACCCACAGGCAGAGCACAUGCAGCAUAUAUUAAGCUGCUGGGUUUAAUCUUCCAGCAUCUUCGGUUAAAAAUAACUUGCAUAGCAGAACUGAGAGAGACCUUGGCUUGAGCACCUGCAGAGCAAGCUACUGCCCGUCAGAAUAGGCACCUUGCCCUCCAGAUGUUGUUGCAUUGCAGUUCACUGGGGCUCGUGGGAAUUGGAAUCCCACAACAUCUGGAGGAGACUCCCACCAGGUGUCCCAAGAACAGUCAGUGCUGCUGAGCUAGAUGUUCUCAAAGUCUUGCUUGGCAAAAGAACAUCUCCUGCUUCUGUGCUGGCGUGCCACGCCUGCCACCUUGCUUAACGUUCCACUAAUUCUGGUUCUACCGAUUUUCUCUCCCCGUCUUCUAGAAAUUCCGGGUAGAUAUGCCAGGAUCGAGCAACGCUUUUAUUCCUACCCUGAACGCCAUCACCACCAGCCAAGACUUGCAGUGGAUGGUGCAGCCCACUGUCAUCACCUCCAUGCCAAGUGCCUACUCUCGCUCGCAUCCCUACAGCCAUGGCCUGCCAAAUCUGUCCUCGGUUACCGGACACACAGCUCUUCAGAGACCGGGUGUCAUUAAAACCAUUGGGACCACGGUGGGCAGGAGGAGGAGAGAUGAGCAGGUAGGUACACUGGUUGAAAUGACUUUGUGCAAUAUGCUAGCUGCAUGGUCUUGGAAGUUCUCAGAGCUGAGUGCAGAGCUUCCAAGGCAAAUAACUUCAUGUUCCAAGGGUUUUCGCUGACCCCAUUUUUCUCUUUGUGUCCAUGGGAUACAUGAGGCUAACUUGGAGAGUGCUGCAUCGGGCAGAUACUUCUAUUUAGGGAGUUCCAAAAAACCGUCGUUACCAUUAGAGCACAUGCUUGCUUUAUCCCCUGUCAUUUCCAAUGAAGGGCUAUUGGAACAAGGCUGGGAAGUAUUGAGGACCUGUAAAAACUUGCCACCGGUCGGGACUUCCAAGUUAAAUCAUUGGGGUGACUUUGUCUUUUCCUUCGGCUUCCAUUUGUAUAAAGGCUUUGGUGGCAUUUCCCCCAGUGUCUGUCCUUCUGGAAUGAGUAGAUUCUGAUAGUUAUUAUUGGAUAGUCUCCAUUGUUUUCUGUGUUUUGUACUUGAUACUUCACUUUUGAUUCCUGACCUGACCUGUACACACAGUUUAUCAGAGCACAAAAUGUCGUUGGGAAGAUGGGUAGUAUUGUUGUGUUAAUAAUAACGUUUCCUGACCAGAACGUAUAUUUGGAAACCUAAAGCCAAGUUCUUGUGUUUGGCAUACUUUAAUAGGGAAGGUUACUGGAGCAGAGCUAGUUUUUAAACACCUUUCUAUUUUGCUGGUCCUGGGGGUAUAUGACUGAACUGAAGAACUGGGGACAUGGUAACCCAGCAUGAGGUUACACCCUAGUUUGUUCAGCCAUAAACUUAUUCCAUUCUAAGAGCUUAAGAAGUUGUUGUUGGACCAAAUACCUACCUAGUCUGACAUCCUCAUUCCCACACUGGCCAACCAUGUGUCUCUGGGGAGCCCAUAAACAGGAUAUUAGGGCAAUGGGCCUCUCUCUUGCAGUGUAUCAUGGUGUUCAGAGUGAUUCUGGAGAUAGCACAUAGCCAUCAUGGCUAGUGUACACUGAUAGACUUAUUCUCCUUGAAUUUGUCUAAUCCCCACUUUAAAGCUGUCUCAGCUGCUGCCUGUCACCAGAUCUUGGGGCAAAGCAAAUUCCAUAAUACAUAUUUAAAACAAUGCUUGUUUUUAAAUGAAUCAAAGAAGAGGAGACAAGGCUGCUUCUCUCCACUUAUGCCCCUUUCUGCUCUCUCCAGUUUCAUCCAGAACCCUUCUGUUUUGAGAUCAGUUUCUUCUUUAAAGCACAUGCCUAUCAAGAGAUGAUAAUAAGAGUCUUUUUUCUGUGGAAAACAGCUUCAGGGUUAGGUGAGAUUAGCUGCUGCUACCAGUUGAAUGCUAAAUCCUCCACCAACAACAUCAUGAGUGCCUUUGUAGUAAUCUCAGACAAGGAUCUUGUCAGCUAAGCUCUUUUUGACUCCCUGUUUGUUUGGCUGCAUUUGCAUGAAAAAGGUAUUUGCGUGAGCCCAGGAGGUUUGCUUCACUUCAGUGAUGUCAGAUGUAAGCAAAUGAGACCUUGUUAUUGGAGUUUGGUAGCCUGCUCUGGGUUUUGUAGGCACCUGAGUGGGAUUUGUGGCUGCUUUGCCUGAUUUUGGGGGAUUACUCCAUCAGUGUUGCGGCCCUUUCCAGGGGAGUAGCACUGUUGGCCUUUUGCAGCAAAAGCAACAAAAGAGUCUUGCGGAAUCUUAAAAACUAAGGGCUGUAUCCCCCUGCCCCCAAGCUGCUCUGGAGGGUCCCUCAAAUCUCUGGAACAGAUUUUUGAAGGUGCCCGGGGGCCUGGAGAGAAGGGGAAGUUCUGUUGCACAAGAGGAAGGCUGUUGUGCAAGGGGAAUGGCAGCAUUGGGUACAACCCUCACAGGUCUACAGCAUAUGUUUUCAUGGAGUAGAGUCUUCUUUGGCUUGGUGCCUCUGGUGUCCGAGCUUACAGAGUCUCCAGGGCUACCAUCAUAUUGAUAAAAUGCAACAGGUUAGGUCAGUUAAUGGAUCUCAGUUUUGUUUGCAUUUAUCCCCAAUCAUCAAAACAUUGUAUUCUGGAGUAGUCCUACUUGAAGCAUCCUUUGCCAAACUGUGUGUUUGAUGCAUACAAUCUGAAUUGAGAUCAUUGGUCAUACAUAGGCAAAGAAAGAUCACCCUGAUCCUAUAUAUUUGCUUUAACCUUCCAGGUGUUGAUCUUUAGCAGUGCACCCUCCAACCCCCCCCCCACACCAGUUGAACUCAGUUCAUUGCCCCCAAACACCAGUGUUUGCAACUCAAGGGUGGUUAACCAGGCUUUAGGGUGCUUUCUAUUGCGGAGUGUCCCCCUCGCCCCUUGUCAGAUCCUUUGUGGGCAAAACGGUACAGGGACAAGGAAAAAACAUUGGUCAGCUAACAUUGCAGCUUUGGAUAGGAGGCUUCCUAGCUCUGUAGCAAAGAUGCUAGUUGAGUCUUUUAUUGCUCUGGUCAAGAUUUUUUGCUUCUAAUUCUAUGUUCACUUCUAUAGAAUGGAUAUGCUUUGCCAUAAGAGCAGCUUUGUAGUUGGGAGUUUUGUCUCUUCCCUAUAGGUGGGAAGCUGUAGUGGUGUUAUGAUAGUUUUAUUUUAAAGUUUACUUACCUAUUCAUUGCAUCUAUACCCCACCUUCCCUCCCAAGGAGCUCAAGGUGGUGUUCAUAGUUUUCCUCCCCCACAUUUUAUCCUCACAACAAACUUGUGAGGUAGGCUAGGCCGAAAGAUUGUGAUUGCCGCCCCAAUGUCACCCACUGAGCUUCAAGGCCGAGUGGCGAUUUGAAUUCUCCAUCUCUUAGGUUCUAAUCCAAUACUCUAAGCACACCAGCUAUCCGAGAGAACAAUAAAUGUUCCCUACCUUAAUUGUAUUCUGUUGUACUGCCUUUAAACCAGAAGAAAUUAAGAUGGCUUACAACUUAAUAACUUGGUGCAACCUACUGAAACGCAUUAAGCACCUAUUAGAGUAAAAAUAAAAAGAAAUCUUGUGGGUUCACCUUACUCCAUGUGCCCACUUGACUGCUUUGAUCUGCAAAACUGGUACUGGUGCCACACAGUCCUCAUUCCACACUUGUAAGAAAUCAUUCUUUUUGUGUGGUGGUACCUAAGCUUUAGAACUCCCUGCCUAUUGAAAUCAAGCAGGCACCUUCACUGUAUUCUUCUUGGCACGUGCUUAAAACACUUUUUGCUUAGGCCAGCCUAUCCAGACACAUAGAUGUUUAUGUGUUUUAAUCUCCCUUAGUUUACUGCUAAUUCUAAUGCUUUAUAUAAAUGCUUUUCAUUACUUGUUUUUAACUUUUUUCGUUGAUAAUUUUAAUGUUUCUUGUAAACCGCUUGGAGCUUUUGUUACACUCGAGCAACAGUUUAAAUAAAUACAUAAGCCAUAUCAAAGGAACAGUAAAGCAUUAUGAAUUGUAAUUGCUUUGGCCUCCACUUGAGCUGCUGCCUCACAGCCGUAUAUGCACUCGGAGGCCAUCUUUGAUUCCUUUGUGACUUUCAUCUUCUCUCUAGGGCUGGGCUGAUUUGGAAAGCGUAAUGUGUUAAUGAUGGAAAAUCCCAAGCGAUGCGAGUGAAAAGUGCUUCUUGAUACCAAACAAAGCAGCCUAUUUUUUGAUUUGAUACGGGCCUCUCCAAUUUGUCCUGCCCUUGAGGACCUUGGCGCCUGACCUUCAAGUUAACAACUGUUUUUCAAGAGGGAAGAGGCAUAUAGUUUGUUUCAAGAAACAGAAGCUUGCAACAUCUUCCUAUGGUUUUACCUCACAAACCACCCUCGUUGUGAAACAACUUUGGGAGAGAAUCGGCCGUGUGUUUGGCCUUGAUUGCAGAUUCACUGUCGUCUUGCCCAAUCUUCCUCUUAAGUUUCUUCACCCUUUGCUCCUCCUCAAUCACCACCACCUUGCUCGCUCUUCCUCUGUGGUUGACUUUCCCUUGAAGUUGUUAAGGGGUUUGCUUUUGUGACAAGUGCUCCUCCUGCCUUGGGGUUCAGAGGCUCAGGGCUGCCAGCUUCCUGAGUCAGUGUCUGGAACCGUGGUGGCUGUAGCAUGGCGAGCGCAGCCCAGACUAGCUGAUCCAUCUCCCAUGUCUGAGCCUUGGCUCUCCCUGCCCAAGGCUGGCGCUAUGACACAAGUGGUUCUUUCUAGAGAAUUUUCUUUGUCAUACAGUGGUACCUUGGGUUAAGUACUUAAUUUGUUCCGGAGGUCUGUUCUUAACCUGAAACUGUUCUUAACCUGAAGCACCACUUUAGCUAAUGGGGCCUUCUGCUGCUGCCACGCCGCCGGAGCACGAUUUCUGUUCUCAUCCUGAAGCAAAGUUCUUAACCUGAGGUACUGUUUCUGGGUUAGCGGAGUUUGUAACCUGAAAUGUAUGUAACCCGAGGUACCACUGUACAGGGAUUGUAAACCUAACACCCUUCAGAUGAUGUUGCAGAAACAUCAAUGGUGAACUUGGUGAUGUACAGAUGUUGUUGGAUUCCCCCUGACCAGCUGAGUGGGGCUAAUGGAAGUUGUGGAAUCUAACCUCAUAUUUUGGGGUGGAGAGGGGGGCACAUGUUCCCCACCCCGUAUCUCAUAACUAAAACAUGUGAUAUAUGACUAUGCCCAGAGAGUUAAUGAACAUGCUGUGGAGUACACCAGACGUGGCUCCUUUCUCAUUGUGGUUGAUCAUUUGGAAAUGAGUUUUCUUCUUUUGCCACCUGUGAUCUGAUGGUGUUGUUUUUUUUCUCUUUGCUUGUUUGACCACAGUUGUCGCCUGAGGAAGAAGAGAAGAGAAGGAUCAGGAGAGAGAGGAACAAACUAGCAGCUGCUAAAUGCCGUAACAGACGCCGAGAGCUGACUGAGAAACUUCAGGCAGUACGUAUUUCCUCCUUAGAAGUCUCCUCCUUUUUUGAGAAUGCUCACUUUUGGCCAUCCAGAAUUUAUAUGUUUAAUAAAGUUUGCAUAAUAUACUGACCCUCUUCUUCAGCAAGCUUAUCUUCUAGAGGAAUUUGGAGUGGCCUGACACAAGUUGAUGUAGUGCAGGGAUCACCAACAUAACACUUGUGGCGCACAUGUGCUCUCAGAGGUGUGCCUCCAGGGUCUUUCUCCCCUUCUCUCCCCGGUGAAUUUAGGCUUGAAAGAAGUAUUCUAUUGUAGCCAUUAAAAUAGCUUGUGGGGUGUAGAUGUUUGUGUGUGGUGCCCACAACCAUUUCUCCAGUUUGCAAAUGGACCCAAAAAGGUUGGCGAUCCUUGAUCUAUGUGGCAGGUCUCCCAGUUCUUUCCUGCUGGGUUUACACAUGAUGACACAGCAAGCAUUGAAGUGGUACCAUGUUCCUCAGAGCAUCAAAUGCUUCUACUGUUCUCUGUUGUCCUCUGUUCUGGCCCUGUCAGCUUUUAGACAGCUAGGAGACGAGAGCUGUCUUCAGCAUUCUUCACAUGCAGAGCUGCUGGGAUCAGAAAUGCUGCAGUGGCUCCAGUUUGCAGUGGAUUCAGGAUGUACCUCCAUCCACAUGUUGAGGGAAGUGUGAGAGGCAGCUAGCUCCUACCUUGUUCUCUAACCGAUAUGGUACCUAUCCAAGCAGUGUGUGCAUCAGUGUGGAAGACAUUCACUCACUGUUCCUGGUAGAGAUCCACAGCAAUGAAUUACUAAGGUGCAAUAUUUAGGGAUACUGAGCCUUCUAUAUUUUGAUUGAACAUACCAUUUUGCUGCAGUGACUCCCCCUCCCCCCAAAAAUGUGAGGGUUAAGAUACCUGAAUAUUGAAAACACCUGUUUCUUAAAAAGAAAGGGAGAAAGAAAGCAUUAGUCAGCAGAGGCUUUUUGUGCCACAUUCUGAGUUGCCCAAACUUAUUUUUGUUUCCAAAUGUAUAUUCUGUCCUUCAAUGGCUAGUCAGCAUUCCUCAAACCAGUAACUUACAAAUAUUUAUAUUAAGCCCCAUCUAUCUACCUGUGCUCACCUUGUUGUAUAUUUUAGUUUGGGCUCUUUACAAGCCGCUGUUGUUGCUGCCGCUGAUCAUCUUUUUUCUCCUGGAUCUGUAGGAAACUGAGGAGCUGGAGGAAGAGAAGUCUGUGUUGCAGAAGGAGAUCGCCGAACUCGAGAAAGAGAAGGAGAAGCUGAGGUUCAUGCUGAUGGCUCACAGCCCCAUGUGCAAGAUCAGCCCUGAGGAACGCCGAACCCCGCCAUCUCACAGCCUCCAGACCGUCCGGACUGGAGUGAGCAAUGCUGUAGUGGUGAAGCAGGAGCCCGUCGAAGAAGAGAUCCCCUCUUCCUCCUCUGACCUCGAGAAAGGGCAGAGAUCAGUCAUUAAACCUAUCAGCAUUGUCGGGGGCUUUUAUGGGGAAGAGCCGCUCAACACUCCCAUUGUGGUGACCUCGACACCCGCCAUCACCCCCGGAGCAUCCAGCUUGGUCUUCACCUAUCCCAGUGUGCUGGACCAGGAGUCUCCUCUCUCCCCCUCGGAGUCUUGCUCCAAAGCUCACCGGAGGAGCAGCAGCAGCGGCGACCAGUCCUCGGAUUCCUUGAACUCCCCCACUCUGCUGGCACUGUAA